AUGAGGUCCAAAGCUUUUCCAGUCACCAUUCUAUGUCUCCUAUGUUUUGCAACCUCAAAAACCCUAACUAGUCUCAAGAGAGGCUCCUCUCUUUCUGUGGAGGAUGAUUCAGAUUUCCUAACCUCACCAGACGGAUCCUUCACGUGUGGAUUUCAUGGUGUUGGCACAAAUGCCUACUGGUUCUCAGUCUGGUUCACAGGCUCGAAAGACAGGACCAUUGUUUGGAUGGCCAACAGGGACAAGCCAGUCAAUGGCUUGGGGUCUAGAGUCCAUCUGAGUGGAGAUGGCUCGAUGGUCUUGACUGAUGUAGAUGGAGCCAUCAUCUGGAAGAGCAGCACCAACUCGAGCACUAGUACUGUUGCAGAUAGAGCUGAGCUUUUGGAUUCUGGCAACCUUGUUCUGAAGGACCCUAGUGGUAAAAUUCUGUGGCAAAGCUUUGAUUUUCCUACUGAUACUCUGCUCCCAAACCAACACUUUAGAAAGAGCAAUAAGUUGAUUUCUAAUUUGGGAAGAGGGGAUUUUAGUACGGGCUAUUUUAGUUUCUAUUUUGAUAAUGAUAAUGUUCUGAAGUUGAUGUAUGAUGGUCCUGAUAUUUCAAGCUUGUACUGGCCUGACCUUGAUUAUAGUGUGUUUCAGAAUGGUAGAAAUGCUUACAAUAGUAGUAGAGUUGCUGUGUUAGAUGAACUUGGUAGUUUUUCGUCUAGUGAUGAAUUGCAAUUUAGUGCUUUUGACAUGAGUUUGAGAGUGAAGAGGCGGUUGACGAUGGAUUAUGAUGGAAAUCUAAGACUUUACAGUCUUGAUAGUUCAACAGGUUUGUGGAUAAUCACAUGGCAAGCUAUGGUGGAACUCUGUAAGGUUCAUGGGAUAUGUGGGCAAAAUGGGAUUUGUAUUUAUACACCAGGGCCAAAGUGUUCAUGCCCUCCUGGCUAUGAAGUAGCCGAUGCAAGAAACUUGAAGUUGGGCUGCAAGCCUAAGUUCAAGCGUACAUGCUCGAAGUCCCAAGAAGAGAAAUUUGUGCAGAUUCCGCAAGUAGAUUUUUAUGGAUUUGAUCUCAAUUUUAGUGAACAUGUUUCAUUUGAUGAUUGCAGAGAGCUCUGCUUGGGGGAUUGCCGGUGUGAGGCAUUUAGCUAUAGGCUAAAUGGGGAAGGGAGGUGUUACACAAAAAGUGCUCUCUUCAAUGGCUACAAGUCUCCAGAUUUUGUGGGCAGUAUAUACUUGAGAAUGCCUGCAAGUGUGGAAGUACCAUUACUAGUCAACAAGCUCAAUACCUUGGAUACAUGCAAGAGUACUGAGGCCAGGAAAAUGGAUUCUGCUUCGAUGUAUGAGAAUACUAGUAAAAGGGUAAGAUGGAUAUAUCUGUAUUGGUUUGCUACUGCAGCUGGUGCAGUUGAAAUUCUCUUCAUACUUUCAGGUUGGUGGUUACUUUUCAGAAGACAAGGUGCUAGAGCUCCUAUCGAAGAUGGGUAUCAUGUGAUUUCGAGUCAGUUUAGAAUGUUUCGGUAUGCUGAGCUCAAGAAGGCGACCAAAAAGUUCAAGGAAGAGCUGGGAAGAGGGGCUUCUGGGGCUGUGUUUAAGGGUGUUUUGGAAGAUGAAAGAGUGGUUGCUGUGAAGAAAUUGGUGUGUGAGGAUAGUGAAAAGGAAGAUUCAAUCUGGAGAAAAUUCAUGGAUAGAGGAUAUGUUGGAUCCAAGAUUAAAAGGGCAGUUCAGCAGGAAACAAGCAGAAAAGAUGGUUAA